UGAUUGUUUUUUUUUUUUUUUUUUAAAGUCUUUUCUUUGUAUGUUUUAAGCUGAAAAUUUUGGAUUAAUUUGACUACUUUUAAAGGGUUUCAACAUUUGAUUUGUUUAUUCUGUUCAAGCUUUCAGCGUAGUGAAGUGUGGGUUAUUCUGCUUUUAUAGUGUAAUUUGAGUGUUUCUUUCUUCAUCUUGGACCAAUUUAUUCAUUGUUUUAACUUAUGGGUUUUUAGGUUGUGGUGAAUUUGGUGAUGGGUUUUUGAUUUUGAGUGGUUUUGUUGUGUAACUUGACAGAUUUUUAGUUCUUAGUUUUUGUUAAUUGUUGUAAAUUGGUGUUUUUUUGUUGGAUAUAUGAGUUGCUUGAAUUGCAGAUCCAGGUUAAAAAACUUGUUUUGGAUUGGUUAGAUUUAAUUUAUAUGUCAGUUUAUAUGGAAAAAUGGGUACUCAAAUCUUGGAUCUGUUAUGGCAGUAAUAAAUUGAGUGGCAAGGACCCCUUUUUGUUUGUGCAAAUAGUUCAAUAGCUGCUCUUUUUUUAGCUGUAAAAUUGAGCUGGAGUGCUCUAUUGAUUAAUUAGAAGUAGUUUUGGACUAAAUGGUCUAGCUAGGAUGCGUCUUCUUGAUGUGGACCAAUGAUUAGCUAAGCAAUAAAUUCAAAGUUAUGACUUUCAUAUGUGACAUUUGAAGUCAAUGCAUCAUGUAUGGCUGCUUUUUGAAGGGGAAAUUAAUGAUGAAAAUUUUCAACAUUCUAUCAAGUUUUUUUUUAUUUUUUUGGUCUGACCAUAUUCUGAACUUAAGCUGUCUAUGUGCUUUUGAGGGGUCCUCUCUGCUUUCUAUUUGCAUGUUAAUAUCUAUCUUCGAACCUGUAUAUUUAGUAUAAUUCUUUUUUUUUUCUUUUGGUAUAUCCUUUGCUAGACGCUCAUGAUGAAGCUUUUAUACACGUUCUUACAGGCUAAUGUGUGUUUAGAGCAUGCAACAUGCUUUAAUCAGCAUGCUCAGCGUCAUGUCCGUUUCUUUGUACUUGUAAUGUAAUUAUGUUAAGGAGAAAGUUGUUGGACUUAGUUAAAGUUUAACCAGUAUGUUAGCAGCAAGUAUGACCAGGGAUGUUGAAGUAAGUAUCAACUGUAAUUAAGAAUAGGAUCUUUUACUCUGAAUUUACCCAGUAUUACAUAAACAUGCCUACAUGGUGGGGAAAGUCUUCAUCCAAAGAAGACAAAAGGAAAGCAAGCAAGGAGAGUUUCAUUGAUGUUAUAAAUCGUAAGCUUAAGUUCACGUCUGAUGAAAAAUCCACUAGCAGAUUAGGGGGUUCUAGAAGACGCCGUUGUGAUGCUGUUUCAGAAAGGGGAUCUCUGUCUCGAGUCCCGUCGAGAUCAUCAUCACCCUCCACGCAAGUAUCACGCUGUCAAAGUUUUGUGGAGAGGCCUCAUGCUCAACCACUUCCACUACCUGGGUUGCAUCCUGCUAGCGUUGUGCAUGCUAAUUCUGGAAUUAAUGCAUCAACAAGACCAGGAGUUGACAAAGAUUCAAGGCCAUCACUGCUUUUUCCCUUGCCGAAACCUGAACAAGUCUCUAACAAACUGGAUCAUGUAGACGCUGAGGGAGAUAUUGCUACUGCUUCUAUUUCUAGCGAUAGCUCCAUUUAUAGUGAUGACCCAUCUGAUUCUCGUCUUCCUAGCUCCUUGACUUCUGAUUAUGAAAAUGGACAGAGAACUGCUGCAAACAGUCCGUCUAGCAUAAAGCACACGGAUCAGUUGCCUGUCGUCAAUCAGGACUCAAAAGAGAUACUGAAGCCUGCUAAUAUAUCUUUUAAUCAUCAGUACCUAUCCACAUCACCUAAGCGAGGACCAUUGAGCAAUCAUGUUCAAAAUUUACAGAUUCCUCAACGUGGUGCUUUAUCUAGUGCUCCAGACAGCUCAAUGUCAAGUCCUUCUAGAAGUCCAAUUUGGAACUCUGGUCCAUAUACGGGAAAGCCUUUCACUGACAUAGCUUUCCUGGGAUCUGGACAAUGCUCUAGUCCUGGUUCAGGCCAUAAUUCUGGACAUAAUUCAGUUGGUGGAGAUAUGUCAGGACAGUUAUUUUGGCCACAAAGCAGGUGUAGCCCUGAGUGUUCACCAAUACCUAGUCCUAGAAUGACAAGUCCUGGUCCGAGCUCCAGAAUACACAGUGGUGCUGUCACCCCUUUGCAUCCGCGAGCUGCAGGGGCUGCCAUUGAGUCACCUACAAGCCGACCUGAUGAUGUGAAACAGCAAAGCCACAGGUUGCCUCUCCCUCCAAUAGCAAUAUCUCCGUGCCUCUUUUCUCCUGCGUAUUCAGCAGCGACAUCUCCAUCGCUACCCCGAAGUCCUGGUAGGGCAGAAAACCCAACAAGCCCUGGCUCCCGCUGGAAGAAAGGACGAUUGUUGGGGAGGGGCACCUUUGGACACGUCUAUCUUGGUUUUAACAGUGAAAGUGGGGAGAUGUGCGCAAUGAAGGAGGUAACUUUGUUUUCUGAUGAUGCCAAAUCAAAGGAAAGUGCACAGCAGUUGGGACAAGAAAUUAUGCUGCUAAGUCGCUUACGACAUCCAAAUAUAGUGCGAUAUUAUGGAUUUGAAACCGUAGAUGAUAAACUUUAUAUAUACCUGGAGUAUGUUUCUGGUGGAUCCAUUUACAAACUUCUUCAAGAGUAUGGUCAGUUUGGUGAAAGUGCCAUUCGGAAUUUUACUCAACAAAUUUUGUCUGGGUUGGCUUACUUGCAUGCUAAAAAUACCGUUCAUAGAGACAUAAAAGGAGCAAACAUACUGGUUGACCCUAAUGGCCGUGUGAAAUUGGCUGAUUUUGGGAUGGCAAAGCACAUUACUGGGUCAUCUUGUCCAUUAUCAUUCAAGGGAAGCCCCUAUUGGAUGGCACCUGAGGUUAUAAAGUACUCAAAUGGAUGUAACCUUGCUGUUGAUAUAUGGAGCCUUGGGUGCACAGUUUUGGAGAUGGCUACCACAAAACCACCUUGGAGCCAGUAUGAAGGGGUUGCUGCUAUGUUCAAGAUUGGCAACAGUAAAGAACUUCCAGCAAUUCCUGAUAGUCUUUCAGAUGACGGGAAGGACUUUGUGAGGCAGUGUUUACAAAGAAACCCAUCACAUCGUCCUACAGCAGCUUGGCUUUUAGAACACCCUUUUGUAAAAAAUGCUGCACCACUGGAAAGACCCAAUUUUAGUGCUGAUGCAUCAGACCCAUCACCUGCAGUUGCCAACGCCAUGAGAACACUGGAAAUUGGAAAUACUAGGAAUCUUUCAUGCAUAGAUUCAGAAGGGACGGCUAGCCUUCCAUGUAGAGGUUUAAAAAUUGGAUCAGGAUCCAGUGACGCUCAUACACCUAGGAACAUGUCAUGCCCAGUUUCUCCCAUGGGCAGUCCUCUACUACAUCCAAGGUCACCACAACAUUUGAGUGGAAGGAUGUCCCCCUCUCCGAUAUCUAGCCCUCAUACUGCCUCUGGUUCUUCCACUCCUCUUACUGGUGGGAGUGGUGCCAUUCCAUUUCAUCACCAAAAACAACCAAUGACCUACUUGCAUGAAGGUAUUGGAAUAACCCCAAGGUCCCAAAAUAGUUUCUAUGGAAAUGCUAGCAACCCUUAUCAAGAACCCGAGCCUGAUCUGUUUCGAGGGAUUUCUCAAGCCUCUAAUGUUUUCCAAGAAAUUAUUUCAUCAGAUAGUGGUGCUUUUGGAAAACAGUAUGGAAGAUCUGGCCAUGUUGAUCACAGGGAACUCUAUGAUGGACAACCAGUCUUGGCUGAUCAUGUGUCUCAGCAACUCUUAAGAGACCAUGUGAAGUUGAAACCAUCACUGGACCUUAAUACAAGUUCAUCAAUGCUUGGGCGUAAUGGAGGAUUCUAGUUUGCUCCAGAAACCUGUCAUGGGGAGGCUUUCAAGGAUUUUUGAUGGUAUUUGGGGCUCAGUUGUUGCUUCUUUCCUCAAAGUUAAGGUCACAGGCUCAAAGUUCCACGCAUAUAUAUUUGCUUGUUUCUGGAAGAUUGAGUGGCAUAAAGGAGAUAUGAUGUUGAAGUGGCCCCUUUGCUUGGUUGUUCAAUUCUCACAAUAAGCAACAAUCAACAUGCAAGAGGUUCUUGGAGGCUGGGUUUUAGCUGCACUCACAAAAUUGUCAUGUUGGUGUCGGUGACUGAAACUCUCCACCUUGCUGGCACAUAUUUCACCAACAUGGUAGGCAAUCCGUGUCACUUGUGAGUAUAUCGUGCAAUGUGCAGGCAAAGAAGUUAAAAACCAAGCUCACCUCUGGAGAUUGACUUUAAAGCAGUUCCUGUUGAUGAACCCAUCCGCUAGUGUAAAGAGAACUGUACAUUUUAUCACAUCAAGAAACUCAUAGAAGAGCAAUUCUUUUCCAAUUUUAUCGUACCCCCUACAAUUUUUACAGGUGGAAGGACAGUGCUAAUGGUUAAAAAAGUUUUGUACAGAAGGUGGGGAACCAAAGCCAUAUCUAGGCUUUGUCAAGAUGACCUGCAAAAUUUUUGUGACUGGUUCUGGUAAAUUUUUUUUUUUCCAUCAGCUGUUGCAGCCCAGUCAGAAACUUAAUUGUGGCUGCUGAUAAUGAUGUAUCACACUGGCAGCAAAUUGUUAAAUUAUAAUUUUACUUGUAUUAGCUUUGAAACAUUGGGAAAUGAACUAUGCUGUACAUUUUCGGGACAUACAAUGUUGAAAAAUCGCGAGUUCUGCCUCGAU